AUGUCGAAUUGUACAAAUGAAUCAACAAAAGCCGAACAUAUACUCAAUCGACCAUUACCAGCUAUAAUUGAACAACAACUGCAAUGUUUAGGUCGAAGUUUACUUAGUAAUGAUAAUUGGUGGCAAGAGACAAUGGCUGAUGUUCGUGUUAAUGCUAAAGCGAUUGAACAAAAUAUUGAUCCUUUACCAUAUGUACGUGACAUGCUUAAUGAAUUGAGUAAUAGAGAAGCUUUUCUUUAUGCUCGACAAUGUCGUGUUGUUGUUGCUAAAUUACGUUUAUGUUGGAUUGAUGUUAAUGAAGAAAUAAAAUCAUUAUUAAAACAUAAAGAAUAUACAGAAGCAGCUAUUGAACAUAUUCGAAAAGAUUUAAUAAUUAAUAAAGACAGUAUUAAAAUACAAAAAAAAACCAAAACGAGAAGCGGUAGUUUUAUUUUAUAUUUUUAA